CGAGGCUGCUUGGCGCAGAAAACCGAUCCCGAUUUGCUUCUUCCCGGCUUAGCUGUAUCUUCACUUCGCCACUUGUUUUUCUCUUCUGUUCCAUCUUAGUCUCCUCGAAGUCUCCGACGCCUGUUUCUUUAGCAGCUAGCUCUGUACAUAGCGAAUCAUGCCGAUUCACAGCGUCGUCUCAAGCCGAAUCUUUGCCCGGAGCUCUGUGAUCGGAGCCAGAUUUAUGUCUUCAUGGUGGCGAACCAUCGAACCUGCUCCCAAGGAUCCGAUUCUCGGAGUUACCGAAGCUUUCCUCGCGGAUCAGAGUCCAAACAAAGUCAAUGUUGGAGUUGGUGCCUAUCGUGAUGACAAUGGAAGGCCUGUGGUUCUUGAUUGUGUCAGAGAAGCUGAGCGCAGGAUAGCUGGAAAUGAAUACAUGGAGUAUCUUCCUAUUGGUGGGAGCAUAAAGAUGGUGGAAGAAUCAUUGAAGCUGGCUUAUGGAGAGAACUCUGAGUUUAUCAAAGAUAAAAGAAUAGCUGCAGUGCAGUCUCUGUCUGGGACAGGCGCAUGCCGACUUUUUGCGGCAUUUCAACAGCGUUUUCAUCCUGACUCUCAGAUCUAUUUACCAAUCCCUACGUGGUCCAACCACCAUAACAUUUGGAGAGAUGCUGGAGUGCCUAUGAAGACAUUCCGUUACUAUCACCCAGAGACUAGAGGCUUGGAUUUUGCAGCGUUGAUGGAUGAGAUAAAGAGUGCUCCAAAUGGCUCAUUCUUUUUGCUUCAUGCUUGUGCUCACAAUCCAACCGGAGUAGAUCCUUCAGAGGAACAAUGGAGAGAGAUCUCUUCCCAGUUCAAGUUAAAAGGCCAUUUCCCCUUCUUUGACAUGGCAUAUCAAGGUUUUGCUAGUGGCUAUCCAGAGAAAGAUGCAAAGGCAAUCAAGAUUUUUCUUGAUGAUGGCCAUUUAAUAGGACUUGCUCAGUCAUACGCCAAGAAUAUGGGAUUGUAUGGCCAGCGGGUAGGAUGCCUGAGCUUGGUUUGUGAAGAUGAGAAACAAGCUGUGGCUGUAAAAAGUCAGUUGCAGCUGCUUGCCAGACCAAUGUAUAGUAAUCCACCUGUUCAUGGGGCACGCAUAGUUUCAACCGUCCUUGGUGAUCCAGAGUUGAAACAGUUAUGGCUCAAAGAAGUUAAGGUUAUGGCAGACCGCAUAAUUGGAAUGCGGGCCACGCUCCAGGAGUGCUUAGAAAAACGGGGUUCUCCUUUGUCUUGGCGGCACAUAACCGAUCAGAUUGGCAUGUUUUGCUACACUGGGUUGACACCAGAACAGGUUGACCGUUUGACGAGCGAAUUUCAUAUUUAUAUGACUCGUAAUGGUCGCAUAAGUAUGGCUGGUCUCAAUACGGGCAACGUUGCAUACGUGGCUGACGCUAUUCACGAGGUCACAAAAUCUGCCUAGGUUUUUCUGUUGCGGAUUACAUAAAAAUUGUCCUAGGGGCUAUAUAAACCAUGAGGGUUAGUUUUGCCCAAUUGAGACCUAAUAAAAUUAUGAAGGUUUUGACCCAUUCACCAUUUCUCAAUUAACCAUGGAUGGUGAAGAUCUUUAGGGUUGUAUCUCGCGUAUUUUAACGCCUUUACGGUGUCACAUCUCCAUUCUUUUGUAGCCCUCUCUGCUUCCCCCUUCCGUGUUCUUUGUGGGAAAGAUAGGUUUAGGAGAGGGUUUCGAUUUGUAGCAUUAUGCAAGUUCGUUAUGUUCAGAACCAAGAGUUCAGCAUUGCUUUCGUUUCAGUCACUUUUUACGUUUUUCGCUGAAUAAAAUAUCGUCAUCUUUCUUAAUCAUUA